AUGGGUCAGACUGCAUCGGCGAAUGCCCCUUCAAACCUCAGCUAUACCAGUGAAACAGAUGUAAUGAUAGCUUACGAUAAACGAGCUGUGAGAUCUGUCAGUACUCCAGAGCUCACAUCGUACAGGGCCAACAUCAAGGGCAAAGCUCUCAAUGACCCGGUCACAAAAGCAGAAUUGGUAGAUCUGCUUCGAUUGCAUGGCAUCAAUGACACACUCAGCACCCUGCUAUUCAAUUUUUUUCAAACGCUGUCAAACUUCCCUAUGAUCAAGGACUGUUACGAAAACGUCACAUACGUCGGAGUUUUGAAAAGCUGUGUGUUAGUGAGCAAGCAGAGGUGCUUGAAAUACGUGCGGGACAAAUCGUACAACCAUGUCAAGCUUAUAUUUAUAGCACUGGCGCUGAGUAAGAAUGUGAAAGAGGUUACUGGCACUCCUAGUUCCGAUAUAUCGCUCGAUGUGCCAGAUAUCAUUUCUGGUUUUAACAAUGUUCAGACCGAUGAGCUCACGAUACCUGCAGAUUCAAUGCUGGAGUUUGUUACCUUGAUGCUGCGAAUAUCUAUGCUAACUUUGACCAAAAACUCGACGCUUGAUGUAAAACUUUCGGAGAAGUGGGACUCCUUCCGAACCUUCGCAUUGAACAUCGUACGAACUAUGAACACUAGCAUUGUAACCUCACAAGACACUUUAAAACAUGUUAUCGCUUAUGAAGAUUUCCAAGAGGUGGUAUCUUCAACAUGCCCAAACUUACUGCUGCCUCUAGAGAUGUUGGUGGAGCACGUUUUAUUCUUGGAAAGAGAUCUGAAAGAACCACCGGCCUCAAACAUUCCAAUGGCGGAAUCGAAACUUGUUACUGCACCUCUGUUAUCUCAGCUUUCCACUUUCUGGCCUCGCGAGCUGGUCUUUUCAAAACUACAGAAGCUUUAUGUAGGUAGAGACAACGGGUUCUCAAUGCGCUCAUUUCAAGCAAAAGUUUUCAAGUGGAUGGCACCAUCAUUGCUGUUAGUCAAUGGGAUACGAAUUCCUGACGACGAUGAAUACGCGAGGUCAAAAAAUCAUAGGUAUCAAAACUUUCUAAAUGACUACCCACGUCUCAGAGGUGAAGACCAGCAGCUUCUCCCACCGUUUGCCGGUAAAAAGAAGCUCCUUUUUGCUGUAUACGUCGCUGAACCCUGGAAAGUCACCAAUUCAGAGCUUUUUGGCGAUACAAAGACGACCAUUAUACAAUUGUCGCCGGUUCAAGAGAUUUUCAAAGCUUCUAGACCUGAGAACAUAUGCUUCAAUACACUGGGGGGUGGUAUUGGAGUAGGAAGCUCAAUUCCUGUCAUUAAGAAUUCUAACAGGCGGUAUAUGCCCGGAAACGUUUCGUUAAAUAUAGACCCCAACCUAGAGUUUGGGACUUUUAGAAACGUCGGACCUGGUGGCAGCAUCAGUCCUGGAUCUCUCACAACUGCCAGCAGUGAACACAAAUUCUUGAUACAGGAUAUCGAGGUUUGGGGGUGCGGCGGAGAAAAAGAAUUAGAAGAGCAAAUGAAGAAUUGGGAGUGGGAAGAAGCUGAGGCUAAAAGAAGGCAGCGCAUCAACCUGAAGAGUAUCAAUGACGACCGGGCCUUAUUGGAAUUGGCAGGCCUGGUCGGUCAAAAUCAGAGUGGAGGUUCGGUUUGA